AUGGAGCCGGUGGCCAACCGGCGGAGAUCAGCCGACUCAUUGGACGAGUGGGCCAGCGAGGUUUGGGGGACAGAGGAGGGUGAAAUAGACCCCACUCUGGCCCAGGACACUACCCCUCCUCCUCAUCCGCUGGUCAAACAGGCACCCAGAGUAGAGUCAGAAGACCUGGGGUCGGAAUCUCCAGAUGCUCCAGAGCCUAGACCUCAAGUGUCUCCAUCAAGUGAGAACCUUACAGACUCAACAAACAAAAUGGCAGAAGUGGUUCCUAAAAUGGAGCAGAUGGCACUUUCUGAGGUAAAUCAGGUGCCUGGUAAUAGAAACCAGGAGGGUGAUGCUGUUGCUUUUCUAUCGCCUCUUCACUGCACUGACCAAGCCUCACCUGCAGAGGGCGCUCCAGAGACAGAGACCCAGCAAUAUCCAUUGGAGGAGGAGGAGGAAGAAGAAAAGAAGACCAUUGACUGUAUCAGUGAUGGUAAGGUGGAAAUGAUCUCUGACCCUGUAGAGGAAGAAAUGUCGUCAUCUGACAGCCAGGGUAGCCAGGAGUGGCCCCAGAGAUCUCACCUUGAUGACAUUGUGGAGGAAGACAAAGUAGAGGAAUCUCAGUCUGCUGAGAUGAUGGAAAAUGGCGCUGUGCAGUUGGAGUUGAACACAGAGUGUCCAACUAGUAAUAAACUUGAUCAGGGGCUGUCAGAGACCGUGUGUGCUACAGAACAGGCUUCUGUAGAAGGAGGUCCUGUUGAAACUAGCAGAAGUACCCCAUCAGUGGAGGUAGCUGACAAGCAAGAGGCUAGUGAGGGCCCAAUCAGUAGUAACAGAGAGAAGACAAUGUCAGACAAUAUCGACCAUGAUACUAUGAAGGCUACUGAAACUAGCGCUACCACCCACUCUCCUCUAAAAAGAGAGAGUUCCGAUGACAUAUUCUCUAAUGAGUCCCCAGAAGACCUUGAAUCAGCUAUUGCCCGUGAUGGAAAAAAGAACCAGAGUGUUGACUCCAAGCCUUUAGACAUCAGCUCAGCCCGGAGGCAGUGGGUUAGGCUGGACAGUACCAGCAGCAAACCCCCCCAGCCUGAGCAAUCCACAUCCUCUAGAUCGUCCUCUUGUAGCCUCCUAGUAGACCUGGCCCAGCCCCAGGGUGUAGUUACACCAGAUAAACAGCAGGGAGAGCAGUUGUUACAAAAUGUCACUGCUGCCCUGACGCAUCAUAGUAACCAGGAAGUGGCAGCACAACAGGUGUUCAAGGGAGCAACUCCGGCUCCGCCCCUGGCGACGGUCGCCAAGGAGACAGCUAAUCAGGUCAAGGCAGGUCUCCUUGGCUCUGGCUGUGUUGUAGUGAAAGAGCAGGCGGGUGGAGAGAGGGAGGAGGGAAAGAGGGAGGGAGACAACAGGCAAACCGGUGGAGAGAGAGGGCAGAGAGCGAGUGGACUUGGCGCAGCGGGCGAGGCAGACAGGAAGAGAAAAGAGAAAGAAAAGCAAGGUGCAGAGCAGGGUUCAGAGAGAGUACAAAAAGAGAAACGGAGAGAAGAAGAGAGGACAAACCCUGGGUUGUUGAAGUCGAGAGACAGUCACAGCAAAGCUUCCAAGAUGAAGUUGGGAGGAGACUUGUUCGAUGACAGCCAGAGUGACAGCGGCGUAUCUGUCGACUUCUCCCCUGGUAGUACCGUGGAACUCCAAACCACCCCCGACAGCCCCCCCACCCUCACCUCGCCUCCGGCCGACGAGACCCCCAUCGAGAGAGAGAUCCGUCGGGCAGUGCAGCGUGAACAGUCCCUCAGGAGAUCCAGGGGCCUCCACAACAAGCCACCCACCCAGGAAUAUGUGGACAUCCCCCUAAGGAAGUCAAUCUUGACCCAGACCCUGCCUUCCAAAUCGGACAAGAGCCAGGGGGGGAAGGACAGUCAGUUUGCGGGGAAGAAGAUGCAGAAGGAGAUCAGUGUAGAGACCCAGAGGGAACAGGUCCUGGUUCAACAAGGGAAAGUUAGAGGUUCCUAUGACAAGGGGACAGUACGCCAGCUCAAGGAAAGGAAGAAGUUAUUCGAAGCUUUCCAGGAGCCCAUGGAGACGUCCUCGAUGAUGUUGUCCCAGAGCAAGGCACCUUCCUGGGUGUCGGCGUGUGACCUCUCCACCCUGGAGAUCCAGGGGGACGAUGCUUUGUCUGUGUCCGUUGUCGGAGGCUCAUUUGGGGAGAGAAGACGCAGCCUGGAGCUGAUGUCCCAGACCCAGAACCAGAGCCCCUCUGGAACACCCAGAGGCAUCACCUACAUCCCUCAUGGGGCCCCUGUCCCUCGGGGCCCCACUCUUUCCGAGAGCAGCGGGGGCCAGAUCAUCAUCCUGGAAAACCACCACCACCUGGUUCUCCCCGCCCCGGCCCACCUCCACCAUGCCUCCAAGCCCCUCAGGCACUCCCACAGCACGGGCACGCUCACCGAGUCCCAGGGCCUCACCGUGGUCGACUCUGCUUCUAUAUACUCCUCAACCAGUGCACUCAGCGGAGAGGAGAGAAGGGGGUUUUGGAGGGAUGAGGAUGGAGGGAGGAUGGAGCAGGCUGAGGAAGAGGAGGAGGAGGAAGAGGAGCUUCCCAAGGAGAACCCCUUCUUCAAGCUGCGCUCCUCAUCGGUGUCUCAGGACAAGGUGGAGCAGGAUAUCCGGGAAGCCAGGGAAAGAGAGAAGGAGCUGCGGAGGCAGAGGAGCAGUCUGUAUGGGGGAGGAGGAGGGGGGAGGCCUGCCAGUAGAGAGGUACAGAGUCACACCUCUCCUCCUCCACCUCUAUUACUACAGAAUGGACUGGCGACCCCUGAACUAUCUGUGACCCCCUCAUUGCGGACAGCCUCAGCAACACCAACAGGUUAGUGUAUAGUGUGUGUGUGUUCAAUUUUCUCUGUGUGUGUGUGCUUUUGCAUCAGGAGAGAUGAUGAAAAUACUAUGUAAUAGUUCAGUGAGGAUAUUGGGUCAGCUACUGCUACAUCCUCAAACAUCUAAUACAACAUUCUCACUGUCAUCAAUAGUUCUGCUCCAGAGAUCACAGACUUUGAAUGCAUCCCAAAUGGUACCCUAUUCCCUAAAUAGUGCACUACUUUUGACCAGGGAAUAGGGUGCCAAAGUAGUGCACGGAAUAGGGUGGGUGCCAUUUGCGACGCAACCCUUGGCAACAGGCUGAAUGAUACACUACAGGGUAACUGACUGAACUAAAGUUGGGAUCUUUUGUAGAAUUAACUGCCGGAUCAAAAGUGAGUGAAAAUAUAUAAAAGUGAAAAACACUGACUCAUGUCUUGACCCUUCAUUGUGUCAGCAAAAAAAUAAGUGCUUUAGAAAAUAUUUUCCAAGAUGAGUUGGAAGCCUAGAAUAUAUGCUUGUGAGGCAACUUUGUAUUCUGGGAGUUAGUAAACACUAAGGGAUGUUUAACAUGAAUUAAUAUGUAAAUAACUAAUACAAUCUAAUGGUUAUACAUUUCAGGGCGUAAAUCACCCUUGGAAAUCCUUCAAAGUGCUUAGUGAUGUGACCAGUAUGAAAAAUGCUUUUCAUUUAAAGCUGUUAUCAUAGUAAUAAUUAGUACCAGUAUUAUUCCGAUGUGCUAUGCCAAGGCAAACUGGGCGUAUUGUGUAUGUUGUCAGCGGUAGGCCGACAGUAGCUGCCAAACAGACAAGGACAGGCCUGGCUCAUCUGGGUACAGUACUGUAUAGAGGGAUGCCAGGGUUAGGGUAUGCCAAUAGAACACAGUCCACUGUGACUCCGGAUCUGAGAAAUCAUAGAUCAUUAUGUAACUAUAAAUUCCUCUCUCUCUCUCUCACUUGCUUUCUCCCUCUCUCUCCAGCACGACAGUCUCUUGGGAAGCUGGGCAUGUGGCCUCCACCCCAGACAGAUGAGUGUCCGGAUAGCCAGUCAGAG